CGCGUCAAAGAAGCGGCGACUCGUGCGACGCGCGCCAGCGGCUUGCAGCAUGGAGACGACUGCGUUGAAGAAAUAAAGCACUAAAAUGUGAGAUCCACAGGGCAAGUCAGGAAUUGAGAGAGAGAGAGAGAGAGAAAAGUGGCGACCACCUUUAUCUCUUGCGGGUGAUUUCAGUCGUGCGCUCCGCAGUGUGAAAAUGAAGAAGUUCAACAUCAGGAAGGUGCUGGACGGUCUGAAAGAGGCAUCCUCCUCCACACCGUCUGUCCAAGUGGGGCCACAAGAGAACCAUCUGAUCCAGGAGACCCUCCAGUCCGACCAUUUCCAGCUCUGCAAGACCGUCCGCCAUGGCUUCCCCUAUCAGCCGUCGUCCAUGGCUUUUGACCCCGUGCAGAAGAUCCUGGCCGUCGGCACGCAGAGCGGAGCGCUCAGAUUGUUCGGGCGUCCCGGCGUGGAGUGUUACUGUCAGCACGAGAGCGGCGCGGCCGUCAUCCAGCUCCAGUUCCUCAUCAAUGAGGGCGCGCUGGUGAGUGCGUUGGCUGACGACAGCGUCCACUUGUGGAACCUGCGGCAGAAGAGACCCGCCAUCCUCCACUCGCUCAAGUUCAACAGAGAGAGAAUAACUUUCUGCCACCUGCCCUUCCAGAGUAAAUGGUUGUACAUCGGCACAGAACGAGGGAACAUCCACAUCGUCAACGUGGAGUCCUUCAUGCUCUCAGGCUACGUCAUCAUGUGGAACAAAGCCAUUGAACUGUCCUCUAAGGCUCACCCUGGACCGGUUGUCCACAUAAGUGAUAAUCCUAUGGAUGAGGGAAAGCUCAUAAUUGGAUUUGAGUCUGGGAUCGUGGUCCUGUGGGAUCUGAAAUCAAAGAAGGCAGACUAUCGCUACACUUAUGAUGAGGCUAUCCACUCAGUUGCCUGGCAUCACGAGGGCAAGCAGUUCAUUUGCAGUCACUCAGACGGAACCCUGACCAUAUGGAACGUGAGAGGCCAGGGCAAGCCCAUACAGACAAUCACCCCACACGGAAAACAGCCCAAGGACGGGAAGAAGCCAGAGCCUUGUAAACCCAUUCUUAAAGUGGAGUACAAGACGACUAGAAAUGGCGAACCCUUUAUAAUCCUGUCCGGUGGUCUGUCCUACGACACGGUGGGCCGGCGGCCUUGUCUCACGGUAAUGCACGGAAAGAGUACUGCUGUGCUGGAGAUGGAUUAUCCAAUAGUAGACUUCCUCACACUAUGUGAGACACCAUAUCCCAAUGAUUUUCAGGAACCUUACGCUGUAGUAGUCCUUCUAGAAAAGGAUUUAGUGGUGAUCGACCUUGCACAAAAUGGUUACCCCAUAUUCGAGAACCCCUAUCCUCUGACGAUCCACGAGUCUCCUGUGACCUGCUGCGAGUACUUUGCUGACUGCCCUGUGGACCUCAUACCUGCACUUUACUCUGUCGGCUCGCGGCAGAAACGACAGGGCUACAGCAAAAAGGAAUGGCCUAUUAGUGGUGGGAACUGGGGUCAAGGCACGCAAAGCUACCCAGAGAUCAUCAUCACCGGGCAUGCUGAUGGAACUGUGAAGUUCUGGGAUGCCUCUGCAAUAAUGCUCCAGGUGCUCUAUAAGCUCAAAACAGCCAAGGUAUUUGACAGGAACCGGUCUAAAGAGGACAAGGGGAGCACUGAAGUGUCAGACGAAGACCCCUUCGCCAUUCAGAUCAUGGCCUGGUGCCCCGAGAGCCGGAUGCUGUGCGUGGCCGGCGUGUCAGCCAAUGUCAUCAUCUACCGAUUCAGCAAGCUGGAAGUAACCACAGAGGUGGUGCAGUUACUGGAGGUGCGAAUGCAGUAUGAGCUGAAUGACAUGGAGUCUCCGGACGGCGGGGGUGAGCAGACGUCAGCGCUCCCCACCCCCGGCGCGUCACCUCAGACGAGCGGCCCGCCUUCACACCCCUCCACCAGCAGCAACAACUCGGACGGAGGCAACAUACCCUGCCUAAAAGUUCGCAGCACCCCCUUGAAGCAGUCGCCAGGUUACCAGGUAGACCUGGUGGUCCAGUUAGUGUGGGUGAGCGGAGAGCCUCCUCAGCAGAUCACAAGUCUGGCGCUCAAUUCCUCCUACGGCCUACUGGUGUUUGGCAACAGCAAUGGUCUGGCGGUGGUGGACUACGUCCAGAAGACGGUCGUGCUCAACCUGGGAACCGUGGAGCUUUAUGGUUCCAAUGACCCCUACCAGAGACAGCCCCGGUCGCCAAGAAAGACGAGGCAGCCGUCCGGAGGUCUGUGCGACAUCAACGAGGGCUCGGCCACGUCGGAGGACCGCUGCAAGUCGCCCACUUCAGUGUUGACGUCAAACAGCAACCUACAGCAAUUCUACAAUGGCGGUGGUAGAGGAGCAAAGAUGUCACGGAAAUUAAGCUUGCCUACUGAGCUAAAGCCAGACUUGGUCCUCCUGUCUGUAUGCCCGCCGCGGGGUGCCAACCCAUUAGACCACCGGGACAACUCCUUCAGCCGCUCGCGCUCCUCCAGCGUCACCAGCAUCGACAAGGAGGCCCGGGAGGCCAUCAGCUCCUUCCACUUCAGCGAGACCUUCGCCCGGAAGGGCGACGGCGCCCUGACCCCCUGCCUCUACGUGGGCACCUCCCUGGGCACCGUGCUGGCCCUGGCCCUCACGCUGCCGCCCGCAGGGGAGCAGCGGCAACUGCAGCCGGUCAUCAUCUCACCCACAGGUAUGCUGGUGCGGCUAAAGGGAAACAUCCUGCGAAUGGCCUUCCUGGACUCGGGCGGGUCCCUGCUGCCGCCUGCCUACGAGCCCUGGUACGAGCCCAACGUCACGGCGGACGGCGAGGAGAAGGAGAAGGCCCGGAAGCGCCGCCCCGUCUCCGUGUCGCCCUCCACCUCCCAGGACCUCAGCGAGAGCCAGUACGCCGUGGUCUGCUCGGAGAAACAGGCCAAAGUCAUGUCCCUCCCAUCCCAGACCUGCAUCUACAAACACAGCAUCACGGAGACCUCCUUCAUCUUACGGGCAGAUGUGGUCCAGAUGAGCCAAGGCGUGUGUGUGGCUUGUUUCUGUGCCAACGGCCACAUCAUGACCCUCAGCGUGCCAGGACUGAGACCGCUCAUGGAUGUAAACUACCUACCUUUGACAGACAUGCGGAUAGCCCGGACGUUCUGCUUCACCAACCUCGGUCAGGCCAUGUACCUCUGCUCCCCGACUGAGAUCCAGCGGAUCACCUACAGUCAGGACACCUGUGAAAACCUACAGGAGAUGCUGGGGGAACUCUUUACUCCGGUGGAAACCCCCGAGGCGCCGAACAGAGGGUUCUUCAAAGGCCUGUUCGGCGGAGGGGCGCAGUCGCUGGACAGAGAGGAGCUAUUCGGCGAGGUAGCAGCUGGAAAGGCGUCGCGCAGUCUGGCCCAGCACAUCCCGGGUCCGGGCGGCAUCGAGGGCAUGAAGGGCGCGGCCUCCGGGGUGGUCGGGGACUUGGCACGCGCCCGGAUAGCGCUGGAUGAAAGAGGCCAGAAGCUGGGCGAGCUGGAGGAGAGGACGGCUGCCAUGAUGGCCAGUGCAGAUUCCUUUUCCAAACACGCCCAUGAGAUGAUGUUGAAGUGCAAAGAUAAAAAAUGGUACCAGUUCUGAUGGGCGAGCUCUGGAGGAGAGGAGAGGAGCUCUGUGGACACGACUGUCUGAUCGACAUCUGGACACAG